AUGGCUUCAGUAAUUAGGCCACUGCCCCCAGGAUUACUGACACCGCCCCUUUCUUUUGCAGGGUCAUAUUUUUCUCCUCUGCUCUUUGUUGCAAUCAUCCUGGGGCUGCAGUGGCCACGGGGGGCAGCAGCCUUCCCUGCCAUGCCCCUCUCCAGUCUGUUUGCCAAUGCCGUGCUGAGGGCCCAGCACCUCCACCUGCUGGCUGCUGACACAUACAAAGAGUUUGAACGGACCUAUAUUCCAGAGGAGCAGAGGCAUUCCAACAAAAUUUCCCAAUCAGCAUUUUGUUAUUCAGAAACCAUUCCUGCUCCCACAGGAAAAGAUGAUGCCCAGCAGAAAUCAGACAUGGAGCUGCUUCGGUUUUCACUGAUUCUCAUUCAGUCCUGGUUAAACCCUGUGCAGUUCCUAAGCAGGGUGUUCACCAACAGCCUUGUGUUUGGCACCUCAGACAGAGUCUAUGAAAAACUGAGGGACUUAGAAGAAGGUAUCCAGGCUCUGAUGAGGGAGCUGGAAGAUGGAAGCCUCCGGGGAUUUCAAGUCCUCAGACCCACUUAUGACAAAUUUGACAUCAAUCUCCGGAACGAAGACGCCUUGUUAAAAAACUACGGCCUGUUGUCCUGCUUCAAGAAAGACCUGCACAAGGUGGAGACCUACCUGAAACUGAUGAAGUGCCGGCGCUUCGGAGAGAGCAACUGCACCAUUUGAUGGCCGAAACACUGUUCUUUUAUCCCUGUGCCCGACGGGGUGAGCGUGCUCCCGCCUGUGUGACCCGCUUUGCGAAGAGCCCUCCGAGGCUGAUGGGCCUGUGAGUUCACAUCGUCCCCCGCUAGCUGUGCUGCCCUGGAGGGGCUGCGGAAUGAGGCUCCUCCCUCUUUGUA